GUCACGCAGGAGGAGCCGGGCUGUCCCCAACCCCUCGGGGACACAGCCGGGACCGCUCUGGGUGCAGCCAUGGCGGGUCCCUGGCAGCCCCCCCGGCCCCGCUCGCUGCUGCUCCUGCUGCUCCUCCCCACGCUGCAGGUGCGAGGGACUCAUCCCGACUGCUCCGUCGUCCUCCACUUCCAGAAGCGAGAAGCGGAAUGUCUGGAGAGGAUCCGGAGCGAGAGCCAAACCCCUGGGCAGGAAGGCUGCCCGACGGAGUGGGACGGGGUGAGCUGCUGGCCCGCCCUGCCCCUCGGCCAGUCCCGAGCUGUCGCCUGUCCUGACAUCCUGCACGUCUUCAAGAAUUCCAAAGGGCUGAUCCAGAGGAACUGCACCGAGUGGGGAUGGAGCCUCCCCAGCCCCCCCUACCACAGCGCCUGCCGGCUGGAGACCCUCGGCAGCAACAACGACACCGAGGCCACGAGAGGCCACUUUGUCACCAUGAAGGUGCUCUACACCUGUGGCUACUCCACGUCGCUGGCAGCGCUGCUCCUGGCCAUCGGCAUCUUCUCCUGCUUCGGGAAACUGCACUGCACCAGAAAUUCCAUCCACAUCCACUUCUUCACCUCCUUUAUCCUGCGGGCCACCGCCGUGUUCAUCAAGGACGGCGUCCUCUUCUCGGAUGAGUCCAUCGACCACUGCACGAUGUCCACGGUGACCUGCAAAGCAGCCAUCGCCUUCUUCCAGUACUCAGUGCUGGCCAACUUCUACUGGCUGCUGGUGGAGGGGCUGUACCUGCAGACGCUGCUGCUGCUCACCUUCACCUGUGACAGGAGCUACACCUGGGGCUACGUCCUCGUCGGCUGGGGUGUCCCCAUGGUCACAGUCGGGGUGUGGGUGAUCACCAGGCUCCAGUACGACAACCACGGGUGCUGGGAUGACUACUCCAGCCCGUACUGGUGGGUGAUCAAGGCUCCCAUCCUCCUGGCCAUAUUUGUGAACUUCCUCAUCUUCCUCAAUGUCACCAGGAUGUUGGCACAGAAGAUCCGGUGCCCAGACCUCAGCAAAACCCACAAGCAGCAGUACCUGAGGUUGACCAAGUCCACGCUGCUCCUCAUCCCCCUCUUCGGGGUGCACUACGUGGUGUUCGCACUCUUCCCCGAGCAUGUGGGCGUGGACGCCCGGCUCUACUUCGAGCUGGUGCUCGGCUCCUACCAGGGCUUCCUGGUGGCUCUGCUCUACUGUUUCCUCAACGGGGAGGUCCGGGCUGAGAUCAGGAGGAACUGGGGCAAGUGGCAAAGGUCCAUGGAGAACAACGUCUUCAACCUGGCCACCCAGGACUUCACAGCGUGACUGGCACGGCACUCCAGGAGAGUGGAGCUGCUGGAGGUGCAGCUCCAUGGCUGUGGUCCCAGAAAGACCCAAACCCCCCGAUUUUGGCAGUUCUGGGUCUGGCACCCUCAGAGGGUGGUGAGAACAGCCAUGGGAGAGGCUCUGCCCGCUCAGUGCUGGUGGAUCUGGCACCCUGUGGUGGCAUCUCACCCACCCGGAGCUCUCCUUGCUUCGGGGCAGAGUUUCGGGCAAAGGGAAGGGAAGUUCUCCACUUUUCUGGGCAGGAGACACAAAACCCCUCUUUUGAAGGACAGCUGGUGGGUUUUGCUUGCACUGGAAGGGAGAUGAGCUGCCCCGACACUGAAGGGAUUCACUGAUGGAUAUUUUCCCCCUUCCUUGCUUUACAAAAUCAUUUCCCUGCUGGGAAGAGUCCUAAACACAGCCAGGAGCCACCCUGGGGAUGGGGGAAGGAUAUGGAGAGAGGCAAAACCCCACAGCUCCACAGGAGCCCCCAGUGGCCUCAGUUCCUCCCCGCGUCCCUCCCUCCCUCCCGUGUCUGAUUGAGCUGGAGCUGUUCCCUUGCCAUGAGAGCUCUCACAGCCCUUGAGGAAUGGGACUCCCCUGGCUUCCCUGGGGUUCAUUUUCCAGGGAUAGGAAGGGUUUUGCCAA